ACUAGCCACCCUCCGGCCACCCUCCGGUUAGGCUCUUCGGUUUGGGAUCCUUUCCUUUGAUCAGGCGAUGCCAAUGAGUCCCCUGCAUCCACCAUCAUAUGAUGACUAUGCUUCCUCCCCUCCUGUAACUGUACUUCUCACAGUAAUCCUCCUGAUUUUCUUCUUUCUGGGGUUCUUCUCUGUAUAUUUCUGUAGGUGUUUCAUCGAGAACAUGCCUAACUCAUGGCAUAUCCGUAGACCACCCUCCCGCAACUUUGUUUACAGCGAUCCAUCUGUCAUCAAUGGCCUCGACCCUUCUCUGAUACAAUCCUUCCCAACAAUUGUAUACUCGAGUGUCAAGGAUUUCCGCAAGGAAAAAUACGGUCUAGAAUGUGCAAUAUGCUUGGUGGAAUUUGAGGACGACAGUCUGCUUCGCCUUUUGACCGUCUGUUACCAUGUUUUUCAUCAAGAAUGCAUCGACCUCUGGCUCGAAUCCCAUAAAACGUGUCCGGUUUGUCGUGGAAACCUCGAUUUGCCGCCGCCUGACUCGUUGGAAAAAUCCAUGCAGCUCGUCGAUCAUAACGCCAUGCACGACGUUGAACAUGGCAAUAGUACCGAAUAUCAUUCAUCAUCAGAUCAAGAUGCGGUACGCAUUGAUGUAAAAGAAGAAGAGAAUGAUGAGGGCGCAGAAUCUGGAGAAGCAAGCAGCCAUGAAAAUGCAUCUAAGGCGCAGCAAAAUGAUGAUGAAGAUAAAAGAUUGGAAAGACUGGAAAGAUUCUCAAGGUCACACUCGACGGGGCAUUCUAUAGUUAGGAGAAGAGAAGACGAGGAAGAUAGGUAUACGCUGAGAUUGCCAGAGCAUGUCAAGGUAGAACUCGUGAUCAGAGGACACAACUUCGCUAAAAGCUGUACGACAUUUGGUGAAUUCUGCGGCCAUAUCAAGGCGGCCAGAAAUGGAGGCUCCGGCGAGAUACUGUGUCGGGAGUGCAGCUCAUCCGGUGGAAACAUCAUGAACAAAGUUUAA